AUGUUCCAAGAAGAGCAGCUAGAAAAAGAAGAGAACUGGAGAAAACUAGUCAAAGAAAAGAUAGGCGAAGGAAGUAACAUCAAGGACUUGAAAGACUAUGCAAUCAUCUUUGGAGAACUCUACAGACGUUUUCCGGGGGGUAUUUUGACCCAGUGCAUAGGAGCGGCAGAAGCACAAAGGAGGUUGCUAGAGGUUCAAUGGCGAACCAUUGAGAUGCUUGGGAGAACCAGAUUGGAGAGUGAAGAGGUACUUGCAGGAAAUACAUAUUGGAGAGUGAGAAGAGCACCAGGGAAUGAAGAGGCUUCACGGGCAGCUACUGAGCUUUGGAUCCUCACUGCCACGAAGUAUUUUACAAAGUGGGUCGAGGCAAUUCCUCUUCAAGAAUACAUCGUGUGCAGGUUUGGAAUCCCGUACAAAAUAGUUACUAACAAUGGUACGCCUUUUGUUAACAAGCAAGUAAGCUCAACACUUAGUGGCCACGGUAUCAAGCAUCGUCACUCCACACUGUUGGCUGUUGUGAAUCUCAUGGCCUGGUGCUCCGGGCCCAGGGGAUGUGCGUCAACACGUGAUGUCCUUCUUUUGGAUGCGGUGCGGUUGUGCGCGGGCGUGCCAGCACGGUCUACCGUGCGUCGAGAUGAUGAUGAGGUUCGGGUAGAAGAUGGUUAA